AUGUCCGACCCGGAGCCAGACCGCUGCAAGCAACCCGGCGUAUUGCACGGAGUUACCGCGCCGCUGAACGACGCGCUGCGAGGCGCACUUUACGCCUCUAUCGAGACCAUUUACGCGGUUGGUGGGUCCGACACGUCUAUCCACCACCACGCGUCCAAACCAGGCACAGACAGCGGACCUCAUGCCGUCGCGACGAACCACGACACUGGCCUUGAGCCGUCCUUCUCGGGCCCUAACCGAUCUCUGGAAGCUUCCUGUGCACGGCUGACCGAGUGCUUGAAGCGCUGGGAAUCGAGGAUCGAGGAUCGCUCACUCCACGGUCAGGCUGCUAUCUAUCACUUCCACCCGCCAAACAACAUUCUGGACUUCCAAAACUGGGUCACGAGCCAGAGCCUGUCUGCUGCUGACGCUGCUCUCGCGGCCCGCCUGCGCACAUUGUGUCCCAAACUAGGCUUCGAAGUAUUUCCUAUAGUCCUGAAAUACACAGGGACCACCUGCCAGUUCAAUGCUUGGGUCCAGCAAAUGAACGGCCGUGUUGAGCCUGUCUCGGAUGAGCAAAUCGGCUUCUGGAAGCCCUACCAACAUGUCAAGCACUCUCCGAGCAUCUUUCAGUUCAACACCUUUUCAGGUUCCACGCUCGCGGAAAAUGCCGUUUGCCAUGUGGGCAAUGUUCUCGACGACAGAAACGUCGCUUGGGAAAGAGCUCGCCGCGGCCUAUUCUUCUGGCAAUCGCCAGAAGAGCAGCGGCAGUUCGACGAAGAACGCAGGGUCCGUGAGGCAAACCCCAAAUGGUAUCAGAACAUCAUCCCAGGCACCAGUGGCACCCUGGGCCAUUACCUUGCACCUGCCAUGAUUAUUGUACCUUUCAACACGCAGCUAGAUGUCGUCAACGUCGCCGAGCAGCCACAGCCUGUUGCCCAUCUUUGGCGAUAUCUCCUAGCGCAGUGCAAUCAAUCCGUGAGGUCAGCGGCUUACUUCGAUGCCGUGAAAGCUCUGUGCCGGUUCGUGUGGCCUGAAGGAGAUGAUCAGCCUACGGAGACUCGUGUUCUCGGCAUGCAGAUUCGAAAUCGUCAGGAGUGGAUCGAUGCUAUCGACUCUGGUAUUAUGGGCGACUUGAUCAUGGCUUCACUAGUUCUCAAGGACAGUCAGCUUUGUAACAGCCUCAUUGCCCAGACUCAAAUUGAGCCGAGUCUCGAUUACACUUGGCUUUGUGAGAAUGCCAGCGUUCAUGGCUAUUCUGCAGCUGACGUGCUCCAUGGCCUCCGCCACUUCUUAUUCAAGCGCAAAAACUUCUUGCAGAUUGCCAGUAUUAUUGACAAGCUGCCUGCGUAUUCCGCUAUCGACCACCCAACCGAAAAGGUCUCGGAAUUGGUAAAACGUACACUCGACACACUCGAUCACCCUGUAUCAGCGAGCCAUGGUCGGGUUGUGGUCAACUUACUAAAGUUGUUUGGGGACUUCAAGAUGUGGAGCGACAUUGUGAAAACAGCCAUUGCCAGCGAGCCUCGGCAGCUUGAUCGACACAGUCAGUUUAUGCUAGGAUUGCUCAACAGACUUCUCGAGGUGGCGAAGAAACACAAACUUCCUGUUGAUGAAGUGACGGCUUUCUAUCAACAGUAUGCAGAAUUGAUGAACUCAUCGCACACGCUGUGGCAGGUUCGUCGUCUGAUUAGCAACGUGACGAAAGACCAGCACCCCGAAGCAAAGGCGGCUCGAAAGGCUUGGUGCGUUGCUGAGCCGACGUCAGAGCUUCUCAACGAUGAAUCUGAGCCACCGACGAAUCACAGUGUCAUUGCUGGACUCUUCAGGAACCUCGAUCGACUUGGCAUGCACGAUCAAGCAACCAGCCUGGCAGACCACAUUGUCCAAAAUGUCGCCGAAAUCGAACCCAUUCACAUGUCGCCCUUGUGGCUGCCGUUAUUGACAACACUUCAAGACCUGGCCGAUCCCGAGAAUCCGGCGUUCCAGCGCCUAUUCCAAGCCAUCUUCGAGCGUUACCAUGAGGCUGUCUUUGAGGACCUCUCUGGUCGACUUGAACAAGACCCAGGCUGUAUACCGCACAUGGCCUCAUGCUGUAGCCAUUGCCAAAAGCUCGACCCCUAUUUCGAACAGCCUCAUUGGAAGACUCUUCAUCUCGUGAUUCCAAGAGAUGUAGUGGAUCAUAUCAAAACCCAGCUUCGCGAGCAAGAAAAGCCCAUCAAGACAGUCGUCUAUGGCAAAAACGAGGCAAACUUGACGAUGCAGCUGACCAAGACCUCGCUAGUCAAUGAAAGACUGCGUGCGGCUGAGGUCUUGCGACGACAAGAGGCGAUGAGGACUGUACGGCAGUUUGAUCCAGACAGAUUGCUGCCUUUCCUUGGGGACAAAGGUGAGAUCAUGUGGAGGCUCGGGAACGCAGAGUCUCAAGAGGCUCCCGAAAACAACCCUGCCAGAUCCUCGGAAUCGCUGUCCACCAGCGCUGUUAGGCUGUCGAGACCAAGCUCGUCGUCUACUUCAGAUACGUCUCUGGAUCUCUUAGAGACGCCUCGAACGAGCCUCCAACAGCCCCCAAUCAAGAGUGAAGCGUCAUUGGGUACCGAACGAGAAAUUUGCAAAGCUACGCCAAAGCUGGAGAGCCACGGUAGCCUAGACAACAUUAAGGCAGAGCCUUCUUCCUCGGCUUCCGACUCAACAAGACGCCCAGCCCAUAAAGACAUCCAAGAGUUGUUCAGAGCCGCCACGGUCAAAAAUGAGACAUCCACCCUUGGAAGCAGCCAGAGUCUGCCCAAGACGAGUAGCAUUUCGGCAAGAGACCGCCUCAAGUCAUUAAGCUCUGUAAAGCGGAAGUCUACACCGAAAUACGACGAGGCAUCGACAGAGCAACUUCGGGCGACUCUGGAUAAGGCCCGCUCAUUGAGAGGAACGCAUGGAAGCAGUAGCGGCAGCAGCCGCGCAGCGUUGAGCUAUUCGUCAAAGACAGCAACCUCUCCAAAGAGAACGGACACGGCGCCUUCAUCUGUGGCACUAAGGAGCAAUGAGCCUACAUCUUCUGCCAUCGAGAGAUCCAGUUUGCCAAGAGGCUCGCAGCCGCAUCCGUCGCCGUCACUUCGCAGAACUGGGACUGUUGGAUUUGGCACGCGACAACCAAGUGCCGUGGCCGGCUCUUCGACCGGCCCAACGCCGCGCCUGGGCUCUCUGACAAGUGGCCUGAGUAAAGGUCUAGGCACCGGAGCCAUGGCCAGGAGGCCAUCGGGAAGCUCUUCGCCGGCCAACAGCAGUACGGAGCCAGACUUCGUGGCGGCUAUCCUGGACGCGGAGCGUGCGAAGAAGCGGCGACCCGGCUCGACCUGGGAAGUGCGUUCAGCCUUGGGUAAUGUAAUGGGUUCGGGAACGUCUUCCGGGAAGGCGAGGUUCGACAGCCUCGCACAAGACAAGGAGAAUCUCGGACGGCCUUCGCACUUGUCAAGGACGCCUCAUACCAGAAUUGGGGCAGCUGGCAGAGCGAGUGCGGUUUCCGGGGCCCUGGCCGUGAGAUCGCAGAACGUGAGGCCCGGGACCACCCGGAUCCCCGCCUCGGCCGGGAUCAAGAGAAAGGUGGACAGCAGCGAUGACGAAGUCAUCGACCUCUGCGGCGACAGCCCUUCGCUGGGUGCGAAGAAGAAGAAAAAGGGCGUGCCGACUUUUGAUUUUCUAGACGACGACCCCUUUGGUGAAGAUUAA